UCAUCUCUACUGUCCAGCUGCCUCUGUUCCGGCGCACGUUGCGAUGGGUGAGAUCAAGCUGGGCGGCUUUUGGCGGCCUGACUUGGCUCUUAAGCCGGGGGAACGUGUGGUGGACGACUUGGGCUUUGUGAAGUCCUGCUUCGGAUGUCUGCAAUACUUCCUCUGCCCGCCCUGCUCCGAGAAGUGCCGCCGCACAGCUCUGAACACGAGACUCAAGCUGAAAGCCAGCGUGCAGGUGCUGGACGCCCGCAAGAAGGAGCUUCCAGCCGUGAUGUGCUUUAUGUUGACCCCGGAUGAAGAAGCCCCUGUUGAUUAACAUGGGGGUGUCCCUGGUUUUAGUGGGGAUUCGUGACUGUCGGAUAAAAACACCCGCCAUUUUCAUAAAGAGGGGUUUACUCCUCCGGAGUAAACAUUAGCCCAUGUGCUCUGUGAAAAGCUUUCCCAGAAAGCCAAAAGGCAUGGCAAACUGGCUUCCCCCUUUGCAGAUUUGUCCAGAUAAUUAGGACCCAGGGUUGCUUUUGUCGGGGGUAGCUGCGGCGCACAGAUUCUUCUGUCCACGGCUGCCUUCACCUGAGGCUUGAAGAGGGGCUGUCCAAGCGGGAGUUCUUCGAGAAGUACGGCUUUGUGCUUAUGCCCCACAAGACCCAGAUGACAGCAGAAGACUGGCUUUACUGUGGUCCAAACCCUCCAGUUCUAGAGGUCUAUUCCAAAGAGAUUGAUCCUCUGCUUCGGGAGCUGGUGGACGUUGCUGAGAUCAACUACCCUUCCUAUGUGCUUCGACGUGGCCCCGGGGGGCCGAACAACUUCUUCGGCACCGGGGUGCAUCAAGAUUUCGGGCUCUACCCCGAGGACAUGCGAAGCAUCUUUGGAGCGGAGUUCUUCGAUGAGUGGUUCUCGAAACUUGACUCUGGCGGCGGGUACUCGAUGAUCAACUUCUGGCGCCCGGUGCUGCCGAUGGUUGGCCCAGUUCGAGGCGUGCCGCUGGCGGUGUGCGAUCCCAACACCAUCAGCGUGGAAGAUAUCGUGCCCCAAGAAGUGCACGGCUUUGUGCCGGGCGGGCAGUACAACAUGGGCUUGAAGUUCAACCCCAAGCAGCAGUGGUAUUUCUACCCAGAAAUGACCAAGGACGAGGUCCUGAUUUUCCGGCAGUUCCAUUACCAACCGAAGACGCCGCAGCCUUACAGCAGCAUCAAGACCGUGUUCCACUCGGCCUUCAGGAGCCCUUGGGCUUCUAAAGACGAGGAGGUCCGCUGCAGCAGCGAGUAUCGCGUGCCCGUUUGGUUGAAAUGAGUGGAAAAUAUGUCCGCGAGAAGCGCAAAAAGGCA